AUGGGUGCCGAUCGCCGGGGAACUAAAAUUGAUGGACGAGAACUCCCUGUGAGCCUCAAGGCCGCAAACUUGCAGCUUCUGAUGCCGGAAGACCAACCUGCGGCACAGAGCAUGAGAGAUGCUCUGGGCAGAGGACCCACGAGUAAGCAGAAGUGGUCGAACAACAGAAUCCGGCAAGGAUUCUGCGCGAACACAGACGUGAGCGCAGCAAGCCCCACGAGUGGACGCAUUUCCCCAAGUGAGUGGCAUCGAAAGGGUCCAGAGGACAGCUGGACUGACGUAGAUUGGGCAAGCUCCGUCCAAGUCUCAGAGGACGGGCUUCUCAGUAUUCACUUGGCUAGAAUGGGUCGUGAUAUCCGCGCUGUACAGAAGUUUUGCGCGUGGUUCCCAACAGAGCUACAACGCUUGAAGCAGGUGAAGCUUCCAAAGCUGUACGUCUCCAGUGACGACAUCGAAUUGGCUUAUCAUGUAGAUUUUCUCAGAAUUGCUUGGAUGAUGAAGGCAUGA